AUGGCGAAUCGAAAGCUACAAAAGGACAUAGAUGUCAUUUUCAAACGAAUCCAAGAGGGUUUACAAGAUUUCAACUACCAUUACGAAAGGUAUGAGAGUCUAACGAAUACAGAAGAUGAUUCCGACAACCAAAGGGAAAAAGAGAAGCUCGCGAAUGAUUUGAAAAAGGAGAUUAAAAAACUACAAAAGUUUCGUGAACAAAUCAAGCACUGGCUACUGAAUGACGCCGUCAAUACCUUGGGUCCAGUAGGAACUUCAUAUAGUGCCAAGCUUUCUGAAAACAAGAGCACGAUUGAAGAUGCAAUGGAAACGUACAAACUAGUGGAAAAGCAGACUAAAUUGAAGUCAUUUUCCAAUCAGUCAAUCAUGAUGGCAUUUGCCGAUAAUGAAAAUGGCGAAGAAGAUGAAGAAGAAAGCGAAGAUGAAGAGAGCAGUGAAGAAGAGGAUGAAAGUCUAUACGAUGAGUUGUCAGAAGAAGCAGUGGAUUUGAUUAGAUAUUUCAAAGAUUCGAUAUCGCAACUCAAGGAACAAACAGACAAGUGUACUCACGAAUAUGACAAAUUGGCAUCAAAAAAGUUGAGAAAGAACAAUCUUGCCACUAUUGAGGCUAAAAAGGAAAAAAUACAAACUACAAUCUCCAAUAACAAGUUUCACCAAAAGAAGUUGCGCAAGUUGAUUAAACAGUUGAAAAAUGGAAUGGUUACUGAUUUCAACCUCAUUUUCGCAUUAAAGAAUGAUUUGGAGGAAUAUUUGGAAAAGCACGGAGAUACUGUUUUUGGCAAAGACACUGAGUUGUAUGAUGAUAUUUUCAACCAAAUUUCAGCUACAGAUGAAGAUUUCUCGGAAAUCCAUGAAGAUACUUCUACAGUAGCCACGUCCGUUGAUAGCGCCAACGUAGUCAAGAAUGGACACGUUGAAAAAAAAUCGAAAUCGCCAUCCCCACCAAAAUCAUUGAGUCGAAGCUCAAGUGAGCAGCCCAGCCAGCAGCAUUAUCAUCAACACCAGCCACAACAACACCAGCCACAACAACACCACCACCAUACCCAGCAGCCGCAACCGCAACAGCAGCAAUCACAAACUCUACCCAAAGUGCAUCCGGUUCAUGCGGCACAUUCAAAUGAUAACGGAGAGCAUCGACAUGUAUCACAGACACAUUCGGCUGCCCAGGGUGCAAAUCACGCACCAACUAUGCAACAGAGUCCAGAGAUGGCAUCUCCAGCUAUUGUGCGGACAUUAAGACCAGCAACAACUCCCUCAAAACCGGUGGGUGGACUCAAAUGGUCGGCAGCUGCGGCAGUUGGCUUACCAGAACCCCUCGAAAAACCAACAUUUUAUGAAGAAGUGCCUGAGACGACCCUUACAAAGCCUACAGCUAGCACACCUUUUGAACCAUUGGAACUUGAAGACAUUGACCUAGAAAAGUACAAGAUGGUGAUUUCCAACUCUUCGUUGUCCAAAACAGAACGCAAUUUGUUUUCCGACAUGGAUUUGGUUCGUGUGCCACCAGGUAUUCAAGAUUUGGUUAUUUCAUUUGCUUCGAAACGCAACAAUGAAGAGUUCAAAAUUCUUAUCGACUCAACUGAGUUUAAUCAGUUUACGACCCCAAUUUACAAGCCAUAUUUACCUAAAAGUGUUCAACCAAACUACUAUUCACAAUUUACAAAUUUCAGCUUUAAACAUCCAACUCAGUUGAGCAAGUUUCAAUCACAUUGGAACAAAAUCAGAGCUUACUAUGGAUUCAAGAGUUUGACAGAUGAGAUCAAGAGCUUGUCGCUGCAAGAUUCUCCUGAGGCGAUAGCUUUGGUUACAGAAUUGACAUUUGUAUUAUUUUAUGGAUACUAUUAUGGCUUAACACCGGCUGAAAAUUUGAUUGCCGAAAGUUGUCUUUUUGAAGUAGGUUGGAAGCCAUAUAGGAGCCAAUUUGAAUCCAACAAUAGAAGUUCAUCGCCUUUUGGUGAUGCGUCAGCUGAUAAAAGACUGGGCCAAAGUCAAAGUCAAAGCCAAAGUCAAAGUCAAAUAUUAUAUUGGUUUAAAAGGUUGAAGCUUAUAUCAAAUGAUACAAUGAAUGGACCACAUCCAACAUUUGAAGUUGGAGAUUAUCAAGUGUUUGACUUGAACUUUUGGGAAAUUUUUGUAAAGCAUGGAUUCAAGUUUGAAUACAACUUGUGUCAAAUAGAACCUUCAACAUUGUUGGUUUAG